AGAGAGUGACUUUGUACAUACUUCUUACGUGUUUGAGGUUUGAAAAGCUCGAGGAUUGGAUCCUUUCGCUCUCCAUUCUUCGCUCUCUGGCUCUGGCUUUUCUCGUUCGGCCCUCACAAUUGACCCAAUCUUCAGCCAAGAACCAACACCCGACAACGCGACAAGAUGUCCUCUGCAUUCGAUGAAGCCGCUCUCUCCAAGCCCUUGCUUGGACCUGCCAAGACGACGAGAUGGUCGUCGGGUUCUCUUCUUUCAUCCUCGGCAUCUUCGAGAUUUGUGGGGAUGUUUUCGUGCAAGGACCUGUCUGACGAUGAAGAUUCCAUGUCGGAUGGAUCUGUGUCGUACUACGAGGAAGAAGAUGAAGAAGAAGAAAUCGUCUUUGAUGGGGAAACCCGGCUUGUACUCCACGAGGUGACCUUGGAACCGGUGGAUAUCGAAGCUGCCAUUAUGACGGAACGCCAUGGAGCCUUCACGCACCUGAAUCAAUCCAUGCAGCAGAUUUUUCAGAUUUCCCAAGACCUCUCGGCUCUGGUGGACGAUCAGGGCGACCAGAUUGAGAGUCUGCAGACCAAUUCCAUGGAAGCCAAGGACCAUGCCGAAAAUGGAUUGAAGCAUUUGCAACAUGUAAACCAACAGUACGAUCUGCAACAACAGCGUCGCAUUUUGUGCUUGUACGCCAUUCUGAUGUUGGUGGGAAUUCUCUGGAUGUUUGGAGCAUCCACGGAUUAAUGAUAAUGAAACAAGGGGGCUCUUUGUCGCUGUGGCUAACACAAGCAGGGACUCGCUUUGUGCGCAAUGGAAUAACGAUUCAAUUCGAUUCAAUCAAGGUUUCUUGGUCGUCUACCUUCCUUACAUGUCUAUUGCAGAUUGUAGCUUCUCGGCGACUAUACCGUACAUGAAACACCGGAUUGUUCAUAUUUACAAGUAGUGAAACCUAGCUCUAAAGUAGAAUUCAAAAUUAAGAACAGAGUAUUGUCAGUUGACUUGCAUGGUCACCUUCUGAUCCAUCGUACCGACACUAGCGCCAUACUGUCCACCUAUGGCAACACUUGCUAAGAGAUCCCCACCAUUGACAGGUCGUUGAGCCGAUCCUCAAAUACCGAGAUCAAAAGGCGGACUUCAGUGUCCUAGAAAAUGAAUCCAACACCUAAACGGAGACGAGGCUACAAUACAAUAGGCGAGAAAGUUCUUCCUCUAUGUGCAACCCCGCCACCAAUGCCCUUCGAUAUUUUGUAACGCCUUUGUCUAGUAAGUUAGGCUACGUUUGCUCCACU